CAGUGGAAGGGGGUCGGCGUGAACAACGGGUCGAGUUGCUCGAGCGUAGGUAACAGCGCUCCGCUCCCGCCCACGCCAACCUAUCGACCAUCGACCAUCAUCUAUCGCCAUCUUUGGCAUACUGUUCGAAUAUUCACACGUUCCCUUCGCAUCGGCUGGGCCUUGCUUCUCCAACCCGUUCGUGAUCCCCUGGCUCCUGCUAUAUAAGAGCCGCCAGGUCUGCGUGCUCCUCCGCGGCCUCGCGCACAACAGUCUCGUCAUCCCACUUGCAUACUGGCGUGUGAACCGCCCCGACCGCCCGAAACGAGGAAUAGGCUCUAUGUCUUGGGUGCAGUGGACCAACUACCUGCGCGAUCGGGCAGCCGCUUCAGAGAGAGGCGAGGUCCCGCAGUACGCCUACGUCUAUUUCGAUAUAGCCAUCGAUGGCGAACCCGUCGGGCGUAUCCUCUUUCGUCUGCUCUGGCGCGACUGCCCAGUCACGACCGAGAACUUCAUGGCACUUGCAGACGGGGUGAAGGGCUAUGGCUACAAGGGAUGCAACUUCCAUCGAGUCAUCCCCGGGUACAUAAUCCAAGGCGGGGAUAUCACGAAAGGAGACGGCACGGGCGGGAAAUCGAUCUACUUCGGCGGCGGAACGUUCCCCAGCGAGAACUAUCUACACAAGCACAACCAAAAGGGACUGUUAUGUAUGGCGACGUUUGGCCCCGAUACAGCACAGAGCCAGUUCUAUAUAACAAUGCGGGAUCACACGCUCAGCCACCUGGACAAAAAGGACGUCGUGUUCGGCAAGGUACUAGAAGAUCCCGAAAAUGUGUGCCAGAAGAUCAACGACCUCGGUGAUGUCGCAGGUACCGUGCACAAGGACGUACGCAUCGUCGCCUGUGGGACGACAACGGCUCCGAAGCCAUCAUGAGCCUGGUGCCCGCUUCCCUUCCCACCCAUGUUAUAUUCUCCCGCUUGCAUAUCCC